AUGUGGCACACAAAUAAAGUCAGCCUUCUUAACCUCUUCACCCUUCUACUAGGGGCUGUGGAGUCCUCUGCUCAAUCGUCCACUCAAUGGCCUCAGCAAACCUUUAAGAGCACACCACUUGAAGCACCAUACCUCAACGUCACCAAGAAUGGCCAAACAGAACUGGGCUACCUAUUCUUCUCCCCAACAAACAGUAACUGGAGCUAUCCAACCAUCUACCAAGAUGACGGACAGCUCGUCUGGCGAGGUCCAUUGGUCAACACCUCAGCCGAACAGCCGCAAAUGCUAAACGGCGAGCCCGUCCUUGCCUACUGGAACGGUGCCAACAUCAAAGGCUUCGGCUUCGGCGCCAUCAGCAUCCUAAACAGCUCCUAUGACGAAAUCUAUAAAGUCACCCUCCCAGGUACAGAGGAGAAGUUCGUCACCGCUGAUUCCUUGACAUACCCCUCCUACAUCGACAUCCACGAAAGCCAAAUCACAGACCAGGGGACGAUCCUCGUGACAGCUGUCAAUGUUACACAGAUGGACCUCUCAUCCAUCGGCGGCCCCAAGGACGGCUGGGUGCAAGACGGUCUAUUCUACGAGAUCGACAUCAAGACCAACGAUGUUCUUUUCCGCUGGAGUACCGUCGAGCACCUCUCCGAGGUCCCUCUUUCCAACAACGAACUCCCACUGCAGGGCAAGGGGACGAACCAGACCACCCCCUACGAAUACCCACAUCUGAACUCCGUAGCCAAAUACGGUGAUUCAUACCUGAUCUCCUCCCGAUUUAUGUGCAGUUUCUUCUUCAUCGACAAGAAUGGCAACGUAACCUGGCAGUUGCACGGCCAAAAAGGCGGAGACUUCACCCUAACCCCAGGCACCAGCUUCUGCUACCAACACGACCCACGCUUCGAAAGUCAAACAGAAGACAAAAUCACCAUCCACUUCCACAACAACGAAAACUCGGAUUUCACAUCUGAAACCAUCUGGGACGCUGAGCAGCCCGUCUACGCCGAGUCCCAGGGUAGCUAUCAGAACCUGACUAACGGACACGUGCUGAUGCAGCAUGGCGCGGUUCCGAAGCUGGAAGAAUUUGACGAGAACGGUGCGUUGGUGAUGAGGGCCUGGUUUGGUUAUCACGGCGGCACGAAGACGUACAGAGGGUACCGGUUCCCGUGGGUUGGUAAGCCCAGGACGAAGCCGGAUGUGGCUGCUUGUGCUGAAAAGGGGAAGGUGGUGGUUUAUGUUAGUUGGAAUGGGGCGACGGAUGUGCAGGAGUGGAAGGUGUUGGGAGGAUCAGAGGAAGGGCAGAUGAAGAAGGUUACGGUGGUGCCUAGGAAUGGGUUUGAGACGAGAAUUGCUGUGGAUGAGGUGGUGGAGAAGGUUGUUGUUGAGGCUGUUGGUGGAGUGGGAGCUGGGAAGAGAUCGGAGGUCGUUACUGUUGGGCAGAGUUGUUGA